UUCCGGGUUCUCCAUCGUUUGCUUUGGGGUAGGGGCGGCGCCGAGUCGGGGGAGGGGGCUGUGCGCCGGGCUGGCGCCCGACCCCAGCCACCGCCCUGCGGGCAGCGCGUCCCCCGACUCGCCGCCCGGAGACCCCGAGGCCCCAACGAGUUCAGAAAUGUCCAGAAAUGACAAAGAACCGUUUUUUGUGAAGUUUUUAAAGUCUUCAGACAAUUCCAAAUGUUUUUUUAAAGCUCUCGAGUCUAUAAAAGAAUUCCAAUCAGAAGAAUAUCUUCAGAUUAUUACAGAAGAAGAGGCAUUGAAGAUAAAGGAGAAUGAUAGAUCACUUUAUAUCUGUGACCCUUUUAGUGGCAUUGUCUUUGAUCACCUCAAAAAGCUUGGCUGCAGAAUUGUUGGUCCACAAGUAGUCAUAUUUUGUAUGCACCACCAGCGAUGUGUCCCAAGAGCCGAACAUCCAGUUUAUAAUAUGGUUAUGUCUGAUGUGACCGUAUCUUGUACAAGUCUGGAAAAAGAAAAAAGGGAAGAAGUUCAUAAAUAUGUACAAAUGAUGGGCGGACGAGUAUACAGAGACCUUAACGUAUCAGUAACUCACCUUAUUGCGGGAGAAGUUGGUAGCAAAAAAUACUUAGUUGCUGCAAACCUGAAGAAACCUAUUUUGCUUCCCUCUUGGAUAAAAACACUUUGGGAGAAGUCACAAGAGAAAAAAAUAACUAGAUACACUGAUAUAAAUAUGGAAGAUUUCAAGUGUCCUAUUUUUCUUGGUUGCAUAAUCUGUGUGACUGGCUUAUGUGGCUUAGACAGGAAGGAAGUUCAGCAACUCACAGUUAAGCAUGGAGGUCAAUACAUGGGACAAUUGAAAAUGAAUGAAUGUACACACCUCAUUGUGCAAGAACCAAAAGGUCAGAAGUAUGAGUGUGCCAAGAGAUGGAAUGUACACUGUGUGACCACGCAGUGGUUUUUUGACAGUAUCGAGAAAGGUUUUUGUCAGGAUGAAUCCAUGUACAAGACAGAACCUAGGCCAGAAGCAAAGACUAUGCCCAAUUCUUCAACUCCUACUGGCCAGAUCAACACAAUUGAUAGUCGUACUCUUUCAGAUGUCAGCAAUAUUUCCAACAUAAAUGCAAGUUGCAUAAGUGAAUCAAUAUGUAAUUCACUUAACAGCAAACUGGAGCCUACACUUGAAAAUCUAGAAAAUCUGGAUGUCAGUGCAUUUCAAGCACCUGAAGAUUUAUUAGAUGGUUGUCGGAUGUAUCUUUGCGGUUUUAGUGGCAGAAAGCUAGAUAAACUGAGAAGACUUAUUAACAGUGGAGGUGGAGUUCGUUUUAACCAGCUUAAUGAAGAUGUAACUCAUGUUAUUGUGGGAGAUUAUGAUGAUGAAUUGAAGCAGUUUUGGAAUAAAUCGGCCCACAGGCCUCAUGUGGUGGGAGCAAAGUGGUUGCUAGAGUGUUUCAGUAAAGGUUAUAUGCUUUCUGAAGAACCAUAUAUCCAUGCUAAUUACCAGCCAGUGGAAAUUCCAGUUUCAGAUCAGCCUGAAAGUAAAGCAGCUCUUUUAAAAAAGAAGAACAGCAGCUUCUCUAAGAAAGACUUUGCUCCUAGUGAAAAGCAUGAGCAAGCUGAUGAAGAUCUGCUCUCUCAGUAUGAAAAUGAUAGCUCCACAGUAGUGGAGGCUAAGACGUCUGAAGCCGAGAAGUCUGAAGUUAGGCCCUUUAAUGAUUCUACUCGUGCUGAGCCCUUGAAUGAUUCUACUCACGUUUCUUUGCAAGAAGAAAACCAGUCUUCUGUCAGUCAUUGCGUCCCUGAUGUUUCUACAGUUACUGAAGAAGGCUUAUUUAGCCGAAAGAGUUUCCUUGUUUUGGGUUUUAGUAAUGAAAAUGAAUCUAACAUUGCAAACAUCAUAAAAGAAAAUGCUGGGAAAAUCAUGUCCCUUCUGAGCAGAACUGUUGCCGAUUAUGCUGUGGUUCCUCUGCUGGGGUGUGAAGUAGAAGCCACUGUGGGAGAAGUUGUUACAAACACGUGGCUGGUUACUUGCAUAGACUUUCAGACUUUGUUUGAUCCAAAGUCGAAUCCUCUCUUCACACCAGUCCCAGUAAUGACAGGAAUGACUCCUUUAGAGGAUUGUGUUAUUUCAUUUAGCCAGUGUGCUGGAGCAGAAAAAGAGUCUUUAACAUUCCUAGCAAACCUCCUUGGAGCAAGUGUUCAAGAAUACUUUGUUCGCAAAUCCAAUGCAAAGAAAGGCAUGUUUGCCAGUACUCAUCUUAUAUUGAAGGAACCUGGUGGCUCUAAAUAUGAAGCUGCAAAGAAGUGGAAUUUACCUGCAGUUACUAUAGCUUGGCUAUUGGAGACUGCUAGAACGGGAAAGAGAGCAGACGAAAGCCAUUUUCUGAUUGAAAAUUCGUCUGAAGAAGAACGAAGUUUGGAAACAGAAAUAACAAAUGGAAUCAGUCUAAAUUCAGAUACUGCAGAGCAUCCUGGCACACGCCUGCAAACUCACAGAAAGACCGUCAUUACACCUUUAGAUAUGAAUCGCUUUCAGAGUAAAGCUUUCCGUGCUGUGGUCUCACAACAUGCCAGACAGGUUUCAGCCUCCCCAGCAGUAGGACAACCACUUCAGAAGGAGCCCUCACUACACCUGGAUACACCAUCAAAAUUCCUGUCCAAGGACAAACUCUUCAAGCCUUCCUUUGAUGUGAAGGAUGCACUUGCAGCCUUGGAAACUCCAGGAUGUCCCAGCCAACAGAAAAGGAAACUGAGUACACCGCUCUCAGAAGUUAUUGUCAAAAACUUGCAACUUGCUUUGGCAAAUAGCUCUCGAAAUGCUGUUGCUCUUUCUGCCAGCCCUCAACUGAAAGAGGCCCAGUCAGAGAAGGAAGAAGCCCCAAAGCCACUUCACAAAGUAGUGGUAUGUGUUAGUAAAAAACUCAGCAAGAAGCAGAGUGAACUAAAUGGGAUUGCAGCCUCUCUAGGAGCAGAUUACAGGUGGAGUUUUGAUGAAACAGUGACUCAUUUCAUCUAUCAAGGGCGGCCAAAUGACACUAAUCGGGAGUAUAAAUCUGUAAAAGAAAGAGGAGUACACAUUGUUUCAGAGCACUGGCUUUUAGAUUGUGCCCAAGAGUAUAAACAUCUUCCUGAAUCUCUUUAUCCACAUACUUACAAUCCCAAAAUGAGCUUGGAUAUCAGUGCAGUGCAAGACGGCCGACUCUGUAAUAGUCGACUACUCUCAGCUGUGUCUGCAACAAAGGAUGACGAGCCAGAUCCUUUGAUUUUAGAAGAAAAUGAUGUAGAUAAUAUGGCCACCAAUAAUAAAGAAUCAGCACCAUCAAAUGGAAAUGGAAAGAAUGACUCUAAAGGAGUUCUGACACAGACCUUAGAGAUGAGAGAGAACUUUCAGAAGCAGUUACAGGAGAUAAUGUCUGCAACAUCAAUAGUGAAACCCCAAGGGCAGAGGACUUCCCUUUCAAGAAGUGGUUGUAACAGUGCAUCUUCAACACCUGACAGCACUCGCUCUGCUCGCAGUGGACGAAGUAGAGUCCUAGAGGCACUGAGGCAGUCUCGUCAAAUAGUACCUGAUGUCAACACAGAGCCUUCCCAAAAUGAACAGAUCAUUUGGGAUGACCCUACAGCAAGGGAGGAGAGAGCAAGACUUGCCAGCAAUUUGCAGUGGCCUAGUUGUCCCACACAAUACUCUGAGCUUCAGGUUGACAUUCAAAACUUGGAGGAUUCUCCUUUUCAAAAGCCUUUGCGUGAUUCAGAAAUUGCUAAACAGGCUGUCUGUGAUCCUGGAGACAUACGUGUGACUGAAGCUCCCAAACACCCGAUCUCUGAAGAACUGGAAACUCCCAUAAAAGACAGCCACCUGAUCCCUACGCCUCAAGCCCCCAGUAUUGCCUUUCCGCUUGCCAACCCCCCUGUGGCUCCACACCCUAGAGAAAAGAUUAUAACGACAGAGGAGACUCAUGAAGAAUUAAAAAAACAGUAUAUAUUUCAGUUAUCAUCUCUGAAUCCUCAAGAACGUAUUGACUAUUGUCAUCUGAUUGAGAAACUAGGUGGAUUGGUGAUAGAAAAGCAGUGCUUUGAUCCCAGCUGUACACACAUUGUUGUGGGACAUCCCCUUCGAAAUGAGAAGUAUUUAGCCUCAGUGGCGGCUGGGAAGUGGGUGCUUCAUCGCUCCUACCUUGAAGCAUGCAGGACUGCUGGACACUUCGUGCAGGAAGAAGACUAUGAAUGGGGGAGUAGUUCCAUACUUGAUGUUUUGACUGGAAUCAAUGUACAGCAACGAAGACUAGCACUUGCAGCUAUGAGAUGGAGAAAAAAAAUCCAGCAAAGACAAGAAUCUGGCAUUGUUGAGGGAGCAUUUAGUGGGUGGAAGGUUAUUUUACAUGUGGAUCAGUCUCGAGAAGCAGGCUUCAAACGCCUUCUUCAGUCAGGAGGAGCAAAGGUGCUACCUGGUCAUUCUGUACCUUUAUUUAAAGAGGCCACACAUCUUUUUUCUGACUUGAAUAAACUGAAACCAGAUGACUCAGGAGUUAAUAUAACAGAAGCUGCUGCCCAGAACGUGUACUGCUUGAGAACAGAAUACAUUGCUGAUUAUCUCAUGCAGGAAUCACCUCCUCAUGUAGAAAAUUACUGUCUACCAGAAGCUAUUUCAUUUCUUCAGAAUAAUAAGGAACUUGGGACUGGAUUAUCACAAAAGAGGAAAGCUCCUACAGAAAAAAAUAAAAUGAAACGACCUAGAGUACACUAAUCGCAUCUACUCUUUAGUUACCAAACAUUAAAUGUUUUUAAAAAUUGAAAGCCUGAAUGUGACUGUGGCGGAUUUGGGUCGUAGUUUAAGGAUGAGUGCCUGAAGGCUUCCGCCUCAGAGUAUAAUGAUGACCCUUCUUGAGUUUUGAACACCUGAAAUUUUAAUCACUGCAAUAUUAACUGUUUCUUAAUAAAAAGUUACCUGAAAUAACAACAAAGUACAGCUCCUCAGCUAGCUUGCUGUUAAACCACAUUGAAGUAUCUUAGAAGGUAUUUAUUUUUCUUGUAAAUAUCUGAAGCUGUAGCUUAGUGGAAAUUUUAGCAAGGUGAUGGAUUUUGCUUUAGAAAGUCUGCCUUACAAAUUCAUAACAACAAGAUUUGUCAAUCAGCAUUUAUUCAUGUUUUCCCUGAUUUUUAUCUUCUCACCAUUUUACCUCUUUUAACAGGAGCCUGAGCACAAGGUUUAGUGAAGCAGCUGGGGCUAUAAAUGUGUGUGUAUAUAUGUGUAUGUAUGUUUGUACAGAUCUCCAUGAUGUUUGCCAAGUUUGGGUGCCAAAACUUGGAAAAUGUGAUAAUAAAGAAUAAAAGUAGUGACUCAAAUUAGUAUUAAGAUGUGUUUACAUAGAUGAAUUUUUUAAAAGAG